UGUACGUAGCUUUAGUACUGACGCAUCGGAUCGAAAGGGUGGGCGGUGUUCCUCUGAGCGCCGAAAUCAAAUCGGAAGAGCCAAAGCUGCAGGCCAUUUUGAAGAUUGUCAUCUGCACCGACCAUGAAGGAGUAGAUUGGUUGUUGGUGUUGUCGUUAUUAUUGUUGUUGUAAAUAAUAGAUAGGCACAAUCCAAUCCAUCACAGCACUCUCUCUAUUAUACCAGUGAAGUAAAGAAGAAGACACGAUGAGCGCCCAUGAUACCGUGGAUGACGAUAUAUCCGCCGAUGGGCCGGUACCCAGAGGAAUGUCUGUGGUGAAGCGCAUACUGGGUCGAAUGUUUGGGUCCUGUGCCUCGGAUCCCAAGGGUUCCGUUCAUCGAGCAUGGGGAAUCAGUCUGCUCUUUGUAGUCCUCUAUUUUGUGGUUGCCAUCAUUGAGAUGGUCCAAUUACAAAAAAUGGGUGGCUCGGAAGCUCUAGUGAUUGCCGCCGUGUGGACUGGCAUCAUUCAUGUCCUAUUGGCCAUUCUGGGGACAUUUGUGUUGAAACGAUUUCCCACGUCCUUUUCCAUUGGAUUCCUCAUGGGAAUUGUGAUUGUCCUUGCCAACCAAAAUCUCAUUCUUUUUGCAACCUUCAAUAGCUACAGCAUGGGAAAUCCCACUACCAACCUCAUCUUUUCCAGUGCGGCCUUUACACUCUUUGCCGUCCUGAGUUUCUUUUCGCUCCUAAUGUUCCAAUUCAAAAAGGAAGUGGUAGUCUCACCCGUUGAUGCCAAGCGAGCACGGCAGCAAGAUUCCUUUACUGAUCAAGCCUAAAGAAGGGGAACAAAAACUCUAUAGAUGGAAAGCUAGCCAGGCUACAAUAUUUGGAUGAAAGGAGGCAUGUCAUACAUGAUACUACAAUCCACAGUUUCAUAGAAUAUCUGGUUGGGUGGUUGGACGCAUGAUUGAAUGAAUGUGUUGGCGCCCAACAGGAGCAAAAGUCUGAAACCAUGCCAGGCGAGGGUCCUCUAUACAAAACCUUGAUGGAGGGACAAUACACAAACAACAUAGCAUCCGUACAAGGCUUCACAACUAGACAUGGAAGCUUCCGGUGGCUUUUUUUUGUACAGUGAUUUCUAUAUAGCAACCUAUUUACAUCC